GCUUGUUGUGUGCGGUGAGCUCAGCUGACCGGACGAUCAGGUCGAGUGUGUGCUGCUGUUGUGUUGGUGUGAGGCUUUGUCGGAGAUGAAGUAUAGCCACUUAAAUAUACUUUUUUGAAGAUGUUGGAGUACGGGUCGGACACGGAAGGGGACGAGCAGGAGACCCCUCUUCUUCAACGGAGUCAGGAAGACAAAGUCCAGAGGGCCCCAGCAUGCUGUUCAUCACGCUACUGCCUGGCGCUGCUCUCCUCCUUAGGCUUCUUCGUGGUCUACUCCUUGCGGGUGAACCUCAGCGUGGCCAUGGUCGACAUGCUUAAUACCACCCACCAGUCCAGCACCAACCACAGCUUCUCCGUUUGUCCAGCUCACGCCAGCCCUACUCGACCCAAACACAACCACACGGCCAGAGUGUACGACUGGGACUCUGAGACACAGGGCUGGAUCCUGGGCUCAUUCUUCUAUGGCUACAUCCUGACUCAAAUACCUGGGGGCUACCUUGCUGGUCGCUUUGGUCCCAAGUGGCUAAUGGGCUUUGGAAUCCUGGGAACUGCAGUUUUUACCCUGCUCACCCCUGUGGCUGCUGACCUGGGUGCAGGUUACCUCAUUGCACUCAGAGUGCUGGAAGGUGUAGGAGAGGGAGUCACUUUCCCUGCAAUGUACACUAUGUGGGCAGCGUGGGCGCCGCCACUCGAGAGGAGUCGACUGCUCACAAUAUCAUACAUCGGAGCCCAGCUGGGGACGGUAAUCGCUCUCCCUCUGUCGGGUGAAAUCUGCUUCUACCUGGACUGGACCUAUGUCUUCUACGUGUUUGGUGCCAUUGGUGUGGUGUGGUUUUUCUUUUGGGCCUUUCUUGUCUUUGACAGUCCAAACACUCACCCACGGAUAUCAGAGAGGGAGAAAAAUUACAUCACUGCCUCACUCAAGAACGAGCUGUCCACCUCACAAGGCGUCAUCCCCUGGAAAGCCAUAGUGACGUCCAGACCGCUGUGGGCCAUCGUUGUGGCUCACUUCUCCUACAACUGGACCUUCUACACCCUCCUCACCCUGCUGCCAACCUACAUGAAUGACAUUCUGGGCUUCAGCAUACAGCAGAACGGUAUUCUGUCAGCUCUUCCUUAUAUGGGCUGUGCCGUGUUUGCCGUGCUGAGCGGUCAGCUUGCCGAUUAUCUUCGGGAGACUCUCCUCUACCGCACAGUCGUUGUCCGCAAGUCCUUCACUCUUGUUGGUAUGAUCGGGCCGGCGCUGUUCCUGGUGGCGGCGGGGUACACGGGCUGUAACUACACCUUGGCCGUGACCUUCCUCACCCUCUCCUCCGCUCUGGGCGGAGUGUCCGCCUCUGGCUUCAACAUCAACCACCUCGACAUUGCACCUUCGUAUGCUGGUAUUCUCCUGGGAAUCACCAACACCUUCGCUACCAUUCCUGGCAUGGUGGGACCGGUCAUAGCAAGAGCACUCACCAAACAUAACACCAUCGAGGAGUGGCAGGCCGUCUUCUACAUCGCUGCUGCUAUCAACCUGUUGGGGGCGGUGGUCUACACCGUGUUCGGUCGAGGAUCGGUGCAGCCAUGGGCGGUCCACUCAUCCUACUCUCAUGGAGACUGAGGACAGGUCCCAGACUUGUCCAUUUAAUGAUGGAUGAGCAUUAAUCAGAGGCUUAUUCAACAGGUAUCUUUAUCAAGGGAUGGUCCAGCUGUGCUUAUCAUUUACAGUAAAAGCAUGGCUAACUUACGGUGUGGAAAAAAAGCCAUAUUAAGGUCAUUAAGAAUAUUUAUCAGAGACAAAAAAAUCAGUGGGAAAAAUGUCCAAUGACAUGCAGCACAGAACGUUGUUUAUGUGAAAAGCACUAUCAUCUAAAACCGAGAUAAAGAGAAUGAAACCAGUUAGCUUUGUUAGCUAAAGGCUAUUUGGUUGUCAGGCAUUUAAUGUAUUCCACAGUAAAUAAGCUGUGAAAGACAAACUAUACACAUAUGGUUUUCUUUUGGUGUUUAGGUUUGCCAGGUUGCAAACCUACUAGGCUCGUGUAGGAUUUCUGUCUCUAGAACACUUUGCUUUACCAUUUCUUUUUUAUUAAACGUUAAACUCCUCUUCAGUUUUACUGCCAAUAAGAAGUAUGCUUUUUAUGUUUGGGAGAAAUGUGGAACUUUGUAACCCUUCCAAAGUGCCAGUAAGAGUAGCCUUUAAAUGUUUCAAUGGUUUGACCUGACAAUGACAAACAUGAAACACACACACACACUUUUGAUAAUGUCUUUGGUGAGACAGGAUUGUGACUGCAGCACGCACAAACACUUGCCUUAUAGUGAAGCCUCCUCACAAUGAUUUGAAAGCUCUAUGUCCUUCACAUGAUUGAAAAUUUAACAUUUUUGAUAUUUUUCCCGUCAGAGGUUUUAUGUGAGCAACAAUAUGUAUUGUCUGCCUGAGUAAUGCCCAGCUUUUAGGUAGCAGCCCUCAACCUAUGCAUACUGCAAGCAUGGGUCAGGAUAUUUUCAAUGUAAAACACUCAAAAUAAUGGAAAGUGUAAAUAUUCAAAUGUAGGGAAACUAAGAAGUGGUUUAAAUGUGUUACUGUUGGCAUUUCUUAAUUCAAGGAAUUUGCACUUUCUGUGUCAAUUCUCAGGUAUCUUACUGUAUGUCACAAUUAUAAUUAAGUAUGUUUGUUUGAAAAUAUGAAGUGAUUCACUUCAUAGAGGUACGUGUUCUCAAGUUUAGUGUCAACUGAAUCUGAUUCAAUUUUAAAAUGAUUACAAACAGCUAAUUCAGCAUAUUUCUUCGUCUUAACUUUUCAUGAAUGUGAACAGCUGAUUUAUUUUCUUUACGUUUACGUUUCUCUCUUAGGGGUCAAUGGUAUAGUACAUCAUACUGUGUAUCUUUUUCCUAUCUUACGAAGUGAAUCCGGGGGGGGGGGGGGUAAUUAAAACCAAUCCAAGGGAACCUUUUUUUUUCUUUCCUUGGUUGUAGUUUCUGUCAACAAGAUGCUCAUCUUCCAUGUAUGUAAUGCACUUGUGCCUUAUUCAAUCAGCUUAAACAGCCAACAAUUACGGAGUUAAGAUUCUUCCAGUUGAUUAAGGGUUUCUAUUGUUUUUAUUUUAUGUUUACAUUAGUGUUUAUACACUUAGGAUAAAGGGACUUUUAUGUGAUAUGUAUAUGCACUCUGUACUAUAAUGAUAACCAUUGUAAAUGUUCAACUGGAGAUAUUACAAAAAAUGAGUCUUAAAUGACGGUCUUGUAUUGUGAAUACCAUCAUCACAUACAGUUAUGUUCCCCAUCUGA